CACUAUCGAUUUCCAGAACAGUGAUGUGCUUUUAAUUUCCGGAUUUGUCAAUAUCGAUUAAAGUGAUGUGUUUAAAGGAUUAACUGUGUGGUGUGAUGGUGAUUGAGUGUGUAUGUGAUGAUUGUUUGUUUUUGUGAGUUGCUGGCAGAUACGUCUCACACGCUUGACCGCUUAAGGAGUUCAAAAUUGUCAAGUACGGCGAUGAGCGCGUGGCGGCCGCGGUAAGCGGCGGCGGGCCGGCGGGCGGAUGCGCCCGCGCGGCCGGCCGGCGCCGCGAGCACACGGCCGGCGCCGACCCGCGCCACUACUAUGCGCAUGCCGAGUGCCCUCACCACUCUGCUCGCGGUGCUGUGUGGGGCAGGGGUGGCGGGCGACGUGUUGACGAACGCGAGUCGCGUGCGCCGGACGCCUCGACAGCAUCACCGAGCGCCUAUAGAAGAAGAGUGGAAAAGAUCGCAUUGGCGCGAGAUGCAGCAACUGCUGGUGCAUGAGGCCAGGAACCACAGCGACGGCGUGGACUGCUGCCCCACCGUGCACGAGAUGACCGCGCCUCAGGGCGGCCGCACCCUCAGCGGGCUCUUCGUCGAGCUCUACCGGGACGGCGAGAACAACAUGCAGCUCUACGAGAUCUCCUGCGCGGCGGGCGUCGUCGACAAGCCAUGCCGGUUCGUCGACGCCAGACUCUACAACCAGUCUCGGUGCGUCCAGAAAUACUCCUACUCGUACGCUUUAGUGCGGCCCUACGGCCCUGACGCCGCUACGGAAAACCCCCAUCGCCACAGGAGGGAGCGGCAAGGCAUGGCCUUCAAAAAAGACGGCGAAUUCACCGUCUCCGGCGGCUGGUCUAUGGACUACGUCCAAGUGCGCUCCGGCUGCGAAUGCCAAAUCAUCCCCACCCUCAAGCCGAGGAAAAAAAACCAGCACAAAAACAAACUAGAACGGCACAAGCAGGGGAAAAGGAUGAAAGAACUCGUGAGAGAAAGAAGGAAAUACGAGGAAGGCGACGAGACCUGAUUGUGGAACUCAGUGCUAGUGUAAUCCAGUGGGACUUUGAACAAAUUAACGAGGAUUUAUCUCGACUUAGUAUUACGGGAGUGUCUUCGCAUCUAGAUUUCGUGAUUUAGUCUGCCGAUGGUGGGCCAAGGACAGUUUAGUUUUAAGUAAUUAGAUGCGGAGACAUUUGAGCUAGAUUACAAGACGAUGUGACUCAGUUCCAAAGCUAAAUACAUCACGAAAGUUGCACUUAAGAUUAUGAAGGUAGCAAAUAAUUACUUACCGGGGUCACUUUCACAUUUCGCAGUAGCAGUAAAUAUUAUUGCUUCUGACGACCCAACCGACCACUACAACAAAUUUAUAGUCUAGCUACUUAUCGCUAACUUCUUAUUUACGCCCAGAAGCCAAUUGCAUACUCAAGUACUUAGCUACAGGUCCUAGUAAGAAACCUUGUAUCCAACUUGUACUUUUUUAUGAAAUUGACCUCUUUUGUACAGUUUAUCAAUUGACAAGAGUUAGAAUUAAUGUGUCAUAAAUAGUCCAUGUCAAAGCGAUAGUUUAUACUUUGGUUUUUUCUUUUUCAUUAUUAUCAGAAUGAACUCUGCAGAAGAAAGGAUGAAAAAUUCUACCAGUCACCCAAACUGCGAUAUAACAAUGGAAUAGUAGUUAUUAAGUAGCGAAUUAUUUUCUUCAAAAUUUUACCGCAUAAUCAUAAUCACUUAGAAGUCUUAGAACGUCAUGCUUUCUUCUGCGAAGUUCUUCCUAAUCCUGAAAAAAUUAACUAAGGUCAAUGUUGCUAAUUCCGUCAUAGGGACUAUUCCGUCCACUAGCGUUUUUCUCGAACAACAAACAACAUUGAUAAUGUCGUCGACAAAGCAGCGAUUGCUUUUAGUUUCAGCAAUCAAAUGUUUUUUU